AUGAGUUACGAGCCCAAGAAGGAUGCCGAAUACGGCUACGAGCCAGACACCGCUGUUGUCGCGGCUGUCAACGAGAAAGAUUACCGAACGGACAGAGCCGAGAUCUAUGAUCCCUCGAAAGAGUCGUUCUGGACCCGAGCCGGUCUCAACUUUGAGAGUUACAAGCCCGCUCCCGGACAUACUGGGUUAAUGAUCGCUGGAGGUACCGAGGACCCCGAGGAGCUUGAGAGGCGUCUCAAGGAUUCCCCCAUGUUGCAGCAAAAGAUGAAACCUCGUCAUUUGCAGAUGAUCGCUGUCGGUGGUUCUAUCGGAACCGGUCUUUUCAUCGGUUCCGGUCAGGCUUUGAACCGAGGAGGACCGGCUGGUAUCUUGAUCGCCUGGAUCUUGAUGGGAAUCAUGUUGAUCAACGUUACUCAAGCGCUCGGUGAAAUGGCCAUCGUCUACCCUGUUUCGGGAGGUUUCUACACCCUCGCUGUUCGUUUCCUGGAUCCUUCGUGGGGUUUCGCCAUGGGUUGGAACUACGUCUUCCAAUGGGCUGCCGUUCUACCUCUUGAGAUCACUGCUGCCGCCAUCACCUUGCAAUAUUGGACGACGAGCGUGAAUGUCGCCGUUUGGAUCACCGUCUUCUGGAUCGCCAUUAUUGUCGUCAACAUCUUUGGUACCCUCGGUUACGCUGAAGAGGAGUUCUGGUCAUCUUGUCUCAAGCUGACCGUGACCGUCAUCUUCCUGCUCGCCGGUAUCGUCUUUGUUUGCGGAGGCGGUCCUUCUGGAUCCCGAUAUGACAGCUACAUCGGUGGACGAUACUGGCAGAGCCCUGGUGCCUUCGCCAGCGGGUUCAAGGGUAUCUGCCGAGUGUUCGUCACCGCCGCGUUCUCGUUUGCCGGAACUGAGCUCGUCGGGCUCGCCGCCUCCGAGACUCCCAACCCUAGGAAGACCAUGCCUAGCGCCGUCAAGCAGACCUUCUGGCGUAUCACCUUGAUCUACAUCUCGUCCUUGACCUUGAUCGGAUUGUUGAUCCCUUCGGACGACGCUCGUCUGCUCGGAGGUUCUUCGAGUUACGAUGCCAGCGCUUCGCCCUUCGUCUUGGUAUUCACCUACGCCAACGUCAAGGGUCUUGAUCACUUGGUCAACGCUACCAUCUGUAUCUCGGUCUUGUCUAUCGGUCUUUCUUGUGUCUACGCCGGAUCCCGAACUUUGACCGCUCUCGCCGAAACUGGAUACGCCCCUAGGAUCUUUACCUACGUUGACAAGUCUGGUCGACCCCUUCCCUCGGUCAUUGCCAUCCUGAUCUUCGGACCCAUCGCCUACGUCAACGUCUCCUCUGCCGGUGGUGCCGUCUUUGACUGGCUCUUGGCCCUUUCGGGUCUUUCCACCAUCUUCACCUGGAUGUCGAUUUGCAUGUGCCACAUCCGAUUCCGAGCCGCUUGGAAGGCCCAGGGUCACUCGGUCGAGGAGCUGCCUUUCACCGCUGCUGGAGGCGUCUAUGGAAGUUGGUUCGGGUUCCUCCUCCUCUGUCUCGUUCUCGUCGCGCAGUUCUACGUGGCGGUCUGGCCGGUCGGGUACAAGGAGAUGACCACGGGCGAGAUUGCUGAGGGUUUCUUCCUGUCUUGGCUUGCACUCCCCGUCGUCCUCCUCUUCUACAUUAUUGGUUUCGCUUGGAAGAGGUCCCGACCUCACCGUGCUAUGGAGAUCGAUCUCGACACUGGCCGAAAAUCGUUCUUGACCGUCGAGGAGAUGCGUGCUUACCGAGCCGAGCGAAAGGCGGCACCGUUAUACAAACGUAUUUUCCGAUUGCUGUUCUCCAACUAA